AUGUUAUGGCUUCUGCCCCAGUUUCUUCUGUGGGGAAUGAUGAAAGGAAUACUGGAAAAAGGGUUAGAAGAAUUUCUCCAUGACCAUAUAGACAAUGACUUAUAGGUACAAGCAGUGUGCGAAAUUAUGGAUACUGUAGGGACCUUCCUCAGUAUGAUACUCACAGUAGCUUCUCCAAGCAACUGGGUUGGCAGUGGCAAUGACAUUAGCAAAAGUCAUCUUGACAAUCACUAUCGCAUGCUGGCAAUUACAACCCUAUUCUCCACAUUUUUGUUUGCCAUUGUUGCCCUUGCCAAAAACAACCCAACCAAAACCCCAUCCCCUCCCUCUCUCUCUCUCCGAAUUAACAAAAUCCCAUCACAACGCCUCCAUUUUGCAACUCGCGAAUCAGAGAGACAUGGCUCAGAGAACCGAGAAAGAAGAGACCGAGUUCAAGGUGCCGGAAACCUUGAGUCUCUGCAUCAACAACUGCGGUCUCACCGGUAAUCUCGCUACCAAUAAUAUGUGCCAGAAAUGUUUCAACGCCACCACUGCUACCACCUCCUCAUCGCCCUCUUCCACCGCCAACAUCACAACUGCCGGGGCUGUUGCUGUCGGACCCUCAGUCUUAACAUUCUCAGGUGAGCAAUCGUCCAGAUCUGCGAAAACUCAUCUUUGCAACAAAAAAAAAAAAAUGGAAGUAUGGGGUCUGAGUAAACAGGGAGGCAAAGUGGACAAAGUGGUCUCCAUUGUUGCACAGGUGGCAGCAAAUGUGAAAAAAAUAGAACGGUUUAACGGCUGAUCGUUUAGGAUUUAACUGUCAGCAAUGACGGCAACAUGAACGGUGUCAGGGAAGGGAAGGGACGACAAUGAACCAAAAAAGAGAGUAGAGAGACGACGUUUGGCUCUUUAUUAGAGUAGAGUAGGGCUGGACACUAUACUAUAAAUGCCACAAUUAUUA